CUGAAGCCGCAACACUCAACUCUCUAGCGAUGAGUAACGAAAAUGAAAAUACCGCAGUUGAUCUCGGUUUUCUCGCCACGUUGACUGAACGCAGGAUCGAAAUUGUGGUUGUUGUAGCGGAAUUGUGGUUGUUGUAGAGAAAUUGUGGUUGUCGUAGCGAAAUUGUGGUUGUUGCAGCGAAAUUGUGGUUGUUGUGGCGAAAUUGUGCGGUUGUUGUAGGCGCGAGUUUUAUCGGCGAUGGGAAGGAGUGCGUGUAUUUUGUGCUGGAUAAUACUUUUGUGUAAUAAACGAGAUGUUGGUGUUUUUGCCGAUGAUUCUUUCUUCUCUCUCAACCCCUUCCUGAAGCUCUAUGGUCCGUCGGAAUCGUUGAGCCCUCAGUGCUACAACGCAGUGAUCUCUUUUCAAAAUGCCACCAUGAAACGUGCACCUUGGGCUUUGCAAAUGCUUGAUGCAUCCUCUAAAAUCCCAUCGGGUCUGUUGUUCGGGAAUGUUGUCGGCCUUGGUAACUACGAUGAGUGUUUGGCUAUCCGCAGCGAUGGGUUCACUGACCACGGACACAGCCUCGGAAAAUAUUGUCUGAUCAGUGCAACUUUCAACAACACUUCGAAAGACGAUCGAGAGCACCCGAUAACACUCAAUGAUUUGACUGGAGAAUGGACCUGGUCAGUCUGCGCUCCAGCAGCAUGCUCCGAGGCAGACGUGAGGAAACAACUCGAGCUCAGCCUCCAGAACAUUGCGGGACGCAUCCAAAAUGUUUUCUGCAUGGGCUUGUUGGGAACUGCUGGUCUACCAGUCGCAUCUUGGUUCAUGAUUUACUUUACAUCUGGAUACGUUGCAUUCAUUCUGAUGGCGACAUGGAUGGAGCUCAAAUCGAUCAAGAUACCUCACCAACCCACAAAUUCAGUGAUACUUUCAUUUUCUCUCAUAAGGAAUGGGAAAGCUUUACUGAAGACUACUCCGCCAGGCCUCAUGCUCGACAGCAUCCAAGGGAUCAGGGUUUUAUCAACGCUUGCUGUUUUCUUUUAUCAUCAGGCAGUUUUUUACAACUAUGCAGCUAAUAUCAAUCACUCAGAAGUCUUCCAUAAGCUAACACAUAAUGUACUGGGAGUGACGCAACUUAAUGGGGUCCUAGCAGUCGACUGUUUCUUUUUGAUGGGCGGCACGGUCUUGGCUUUUGGUUUCUUGAGGGAGAGAAAGGCGCAUAUCCAAUUUUCAUACUUCAAGCAUGCGCUAUAUCGAUACUUAAGAAUAACUCCUGUGUACUUCUUUGUCAUACUGAUCGACAUGACGGUGUUCUACGACAUCGGAACCGGCCCUUUUUGGAACACAUUUGCUGCGGGUCUCAGGGAAAGUUGCCGCAACUACUGGUGGGCCAACAUCUUGUACAUAAACGACUACUUUUAUGGCGGUGGAGCGUGCCUAGGAUACACGUGGUACUUGGGAGCCGAUAUGCAAUUUUAUUUGAUCGCCCCCCUCUUUCUGUUCGUAUUGCUGAAGGAUCGUAGAUGCGGCAUUAUCCUCAUUAUAUUCACGUGUCUUGCGUCAUGCGCCUAUAUAUUUUCGAUGACUUAUAUUCACGAUUAUCCUUGGACUCUCACCAUCAAUGUCGACUACAGGGAUGCAGAAAAAGGCCACUAUCAAAACGAUAUUUACUUGCCAGCACAUGCAAGACUAUCCCCGUAUAUGAUCGGCUUGCUUUUGGGGUAUCUACUGAACCGCCACAAGGAGGAGAAAAUUGAGAUGAGUUAUUGGACGAGAGCGUUCGGUUGGACUAUCGCCAUAAUCGUCUUGGUGUCUAUUCCAUACGGAUUGGCCUAUUACUAUUGGUUUGGAUCGGGGCCUCUCCUCUCGGCUUUGUACAGCUCUCUACAUAGACCGCUUUUCGUAUUAGCUAUUUCUUGGAUUAUUUUUGUCUCUGACCAAGGCUAUGGAGGCCCUAUCAACGCAUUUCUCUCGUCAAAGCCCUUCCAGAUUUUGAGUAGACUAAGCUUCAGUUUUUACUUAAUUCACAGUUUCUGCAUGGAAUAUGAUUACGGGACAAAACGGACCGCUGGGUAUUUUUCCUAUUAUAAUAUGCUCCAGGCAUCAAUAUUUCACAUCAUUAUUCUCCUCCCUAUCGCCGCUGUACUGUCACUCGCCUUGGAGUACCCGAUCAUUCAUCUUAGUAAACUAAUACUCGCGAAGAAACGAGCUGAAAUUCCAAACUCUAUGCACCCAAUUGAUGACAGCAAUAAAGUGCAAGUGGAGGAAACAGGGACUCUGCAAACAUCGACAAAGUAGAAUUGAAAACUCUGGUAUUAGUUAUUUAGUCAGAAUUUAUGUUCUGCAUGUUCACUUCAACUGGAGAUCCGGAACGCAGCCUGUGCACCACAUUUUAAAAUUAGGAACUGAAAUUUUUGACGCAGUUUUGAAACAACGUACGUGCCAUUACUUCCCGUAUGCACAUACGUGCUCAUACGGAUGAGCCGAAAAUUGCAGUUCCUAAUUGCAAAACGUAGGUAAUCCAUUGGAGGCACUGAGCGCAAGAAGGACAGAAGUUCUGUCUUCGGAACCAUGAACGGGAACCGUCAAAACUAAAACCAAAAAAAUAAAUAAUAAAUAAAAAAUAAAA